GCACAACCGCACAACCGCACAGCGAAGCAGUAAAGCAACUCCAAUUUCAUCUUUUUACCGCACGGAGUAUCCUAAAAUUCGCUGUUUCCCUGCACCGUAUUUGUUCCCGUCCCCGGCUAGGCCGAGAGGCCCGAGAUAUGUAUGCUCUUUGUAUCUGGUCAGCCACACACCAUGUGAAGUGGUGUCCUACAAUUGUCAUUGUAUUGUCCUCCUGAUUUUGUGCCAGGGUUUGGCAUGUCCCUGUUUCAUAGCUAUGCACUACAUCGAAAGUUGCAGGUUUAUGCUGUAUCCGGAUGUAUCAAGAAGGCUAUUGAGGCAUUGAAUUCUAUGAGGUGUGUCUCCUGGAAGCCUACUGUUCAUGAUUAUAAUUCAUUAAUUUAUUGCAACAUGAGGUCAAAAUUUGUAUCCAUAGAUGAAAUAGUAGAGGUAUAUUUGGGGAUGAAGAGAUUUGGGCCUUCCCCUAAUGCAAUUACAUUUAACACCAUGCUGAAUGGGCUGAUCUCAUUGGGGAGGUUGAGAGAUGCAAUUUGGAUAAGCAAGGAUAUGCGGGAAAUUGGCUUCUUACCAUCAUUUAGUAUGCUAUCCAAGUUGUUGAAGAGAUCAUUUAUUUUGGGCAGUUUGGGUGAUUCGUUCAGCAUUUUUGAGUUUAUGUUGAAUUUGGGAUGUAUUCCUACAGAACCAUGUUUGAUGAAAUUAUUUGUUGCUCUCUGCAAAGAUGACCCAAAUAUUCCUCCAACAGCUUUUGUUGUUCUCACUGUUCUUUUAAGCAACAAGGAUUGUUUCCAAGGAUCACGUGACUUUAACCCUAUAUUCUGGGCAUUAUGCAAGUCCAAUCAUAUUGAUUAUGCAUUAGCCUUUCUUUGCUAUUUGAAAAAGACGGGGUUUAGAUGUGAUGUUUACUCGUACACCGCAUUAGUUUAUGGGUUUUGUAGGAAGAAGUCAUGGAAGGAAGCAUUUGAGUGCUUAGAUGAGAUGGAAGCUGAAGGGCACAAGGCUAAUGUGAUAACAUAUACUAUUGUUAUAAAGUCUCUCUCUGAUGAUGGAAAACUUAAACAAUCAUUGGACCUAUUGAAGAUGAUGGAAGAAAUUAAGGGAUGUAGUCCAGACUUGGUUACAUAUAAUGUUGUUCUCCGAGCACUUUGCCAACACGAUAGGCGACACUUCAAGAUAGACGAGCUUGUCCAAAUUAUUGAUGGAAAAGGGUUCACGCCUGACCAAUAUACUUAUGCUGCUAUAGCAGUUGGUUUGUUGAAAAGGAGAAAAUCAAGUGCAGCCGAAAGGCUCAUUCGUCGAAUUAUUUCUUCAAGUUGCUGCUUUGUCGAUGUUGUGAUUUAUAAUAUAUACUUGAAUAUUUUGUGUACUGGUAACAGAACACAAGAAGCACUCUCUAUGGUGAAUAACAUGAUGGAAAUAGGCUUCAGUCCGACCAUUGUGUCCUACAACACGAUAUUGAAAGGAAUAUGCAAUGAGAAACAAAUUGAUGAAGCUAUAGAGAUUUUUUACCAGAUUGGUUGGCCCGCAGAUUUGAUUUCCUUCAAUACAUUGUUGGCUGCUGCAUGUGAACAAGGAGAUUCCACAAUAAUACAAAGGAUCUUAUACAGAAUGGAAUAUGAAGGGGUUGAACUCGAUGUAGUGAGUUCAACUUGUUUGAUUCUGUAUUUUUGCAAUGCUCAAGAGAUCACACCUUUUGUGAAAUUUUUAGAUGAUGCAAUUGGCGAAGGCUUUCAUUUUAGUAUAGGGACAUUUAAUGCUCUCAUGAGCUGCCUUUGCAAGAAGAGAUUAGUUGCAAAAGCAUACACUAUAUAUUCAUAUUUUAGAAGUAAGGGGAUUUCACCAGAUGUCACAACUUAUGAUAUUCUUCUUUGUGGUUUGAUAAAAGAAAGGGAUAAUUUUCUUGUAGAUCAGUUAUUAAGUGAUAUGUGCGAGCAGAAAUUAAAGCCUGAUGUUUUCACAAACGGGGUCAUGUAUAGAUUUUGUAAGGAAGGCAUGUCUCCUUUUGACCUUCAAUUGAGGUAUCAUAUGCAUGGAAAUGGGAUCAACCAGACUGUUUUGGCAGCAGAGGGGUGAUAGAUGUGGAAUUUGUAGCUACCGUUGAUUUGUUUCAUUAUUAAUGCAUGAGCAAACUUACUUUAGCUACGGAUAGGUCCAGUUGUGGCAGGUAUGGCGUAAAAGAACAGAAAAUGAGUUUUGGGACGUUUGACCUGGUGGCCCUACUACCUGGAUGUCCUUCAGUUUCCCAUGCUUAGUGCAUUGAAGGUCAAAGAAAUUCGAACGUCCUCGAUAUGGAAUUGGAGUAAAUGGAUAAUAAAUACAAGUGUUCACUUAUUUCAGGACCCUAGACCGUCUACUUAUGUGAUGUCUCUUCAUUGAGAUGGGAAGUAUAAAGAAAAAUGUCCCAAAAUUGUUUACAAGGACGAUAAAUUAUGCAUAAUGCUUGUGAAUGCCACACAGUAAAACAGCUCUGCAUAAGAUCCGAGCAGCCAUCCCUAGGCUCUCAACUGGUAUUAAUCCAUGUAGUGAACAUUCAGUUGGGAUUUUCAAUUCGAAGAUAUGACUUUGGAAAUUCUUAUGUUCAGCAAUUGAGAGUGUUGCCUUUUCUUGUAAGAAUCUCUAAGCUGUUCGGGGAAGACAAUGGAUGCGGUGUAUUCACACAUUUUACGAGGAGUUAUUGUGUGGCACCUCUGGAAAGCGUAGUGGGAUUCCUUAUGGAAUGAUACGGAGCAUGAGAAAUUGAUUAAACAAGUUAGUAAUUUCUUGCUAUCUUGGUGUUAUGCAAAUGAAAAUCUUGGAGGAUAUGAUAAAUUGAAGGAUUUAGGGCUAUUACCUAGCUCGUUUAAAAGAAGGCGACCUCAGCUCUUCGGGUGGGUGAGACCUCCGGCAUUUCGUUUGAAACUAAACUGGGCGGUGUUCAGGGAGAAUGGGCAGUCCUCAGCUGGCUUUCUUCUUCGGGACCACGACGGCGAAGCUGUAGCAGCGGAGGGAUUUCCGAUGAGCAGAUCGGCUAAGUUGGAAGAGGAAGCGCUAGAAAGGGCAAUUAAAUGGUCCGAGACUCUAGGCUCUCCUAAUGUAGAGAUUGAGGCUUCCUAUUCUAGAAUGAUGGAGGCUGGACACAAAUAUUUGGAUCAUUCUAGGCUUCUUUCAUUUUCGGUUAUUCCAGCCCAAGUUAACAUGCCGGCUGGAUUUGUGGCAAGGUUGAGCCUGUGAAAUACUUUUCAUUGGAGGAAGGGUGAAGAAAUGCCACAACAACUUAAGGGAGCUAUUAUUUUGGAUUCCUCAUCUAUACCUUAUGUAAUCUGAUUGUCCUUUAUGUUGUGGAUCCAGAAUCUCUGAUUUUACAUGACAUAUCACAUAUCAGCAAGACAGCAAUUCCGAUUCGUACUGUUGUAAUGUUUGGUUGGUGCACUUUUCCAUGCAUGUGAACAUUCGUAGUGGCUCCCUCAUCAACCAGAAGGAAAUUUUCAGUUCCUCACACACCCUUCUGUACUCCCCAAAGCACCCUAACACCGGAUCAUUCUGCCGGCAAACCGCCUCCCACACCAGUGACUCCACUGCCGGCUGCCGCUCUGCCUCGCUCACAUUCUUCACCAUCUUUGUCACGUUGCUCACCCCGAACACCUUGUGCACCGCCUGAAAUUCCAGGCUCUUCUCCGCCGGGAAGAACGGCGCCAGCACGCACUUCUCCGUGCACUUCUUACGUUGGUGCUUGCAUGAGGCACAUGCCGCUGAGGCGUCCUAUUAGCAUAGCUGAGAGCCGACUUACUAGCACAGUAGGAAGUCAUCCACAAGCAUGUCUGGGAGUGAUUCAUGAGCCUGGCAGAGAGCCGGCCUACCUGCCCAGCAAGGAUGGAGCUCAAGACGUCCGACCUACCUGCUAGAUAGACAGACAUGCAAAUACGGUAGAUAAUGUCAUAUUAAUUUCAUUAUUAAUACGCCAUUAUGAUUAAUGUUGGUUACAACUUUGUAAUGCCUAUAAAAACAGCUGAACUUCAAUAACAAGACAUGCUAUUUCUCUGACAUAUCACUUUCCAU